AUGGGGGAUGGAGAUGAAAUCCCUAUUAGAAUCACCAAUGUAGAAUUGGCUAAGAUAGUCAAAGAGCAAAUGGCAGAGAGUAGGGCUGUCAGAGAGGAGAAUAGGGCAAUGAAGAGAGAGUUAGAUAAGUUGAAAGGCCAAGUGAGGAGAGGAAGCCAAGAAGAGUCAGAAGAAGGAGAGGAAGAGCAAGAUCCAGCCGGUCAAGCAAAUAUUCCGGAGGAUCAAAAGGCAAUCCUUGCAGCCCUAGAGAGGGUAGGAGUAAAGGAUAGGAAUGAUAUUCCUUUGUUCCAUGGCAAAUUGGAACUGGAAGAAUGCAUGGAUUGGAUAGAAGCUUUGGAGAAUUAUUUUGAGUGUGAGGUAGUACUUCCAAGCCAAAGGGUGAAGUUGGCAAAGUCAAAAUUGAAGGGGCCAACCCUUAAUUGGUGGAAUUUUCUACAAAAUGAGAGAUUGGAAGAGGGAAAGGAGGUCAUUUCCACUUGGACUAGAAUGAAGGCAGAAUUGAAAAGACAGUUUGUACCGGAUGAUUAUGAAGUGACCCUUCAUAAGAAGCUUCAAAAUUUGAAGCAAAAAGAUCUUGAUGUGAGUUCCUAUACUCAAGAAUUUCACAAUUUGACCUUGAAGGCCAAAAUGUUUGAAACUGAAAAACAAAAACUUGCAAGGUAUAUCAAUGGAUUGAAAUAUAGCAUCCAAGAUGAAUUGACAUUGGUUAGUGUGGAAUCAGUCCACAAAUGUUUUCAGCUUGCCCUCAAGAUUAAGGAAAAACAAAAAAGAAGGGGAGAACAAAGUAAGGGAAGAGGAAACUCAUUCCGUGGAAGAGGUAGGUUCAAUGGGAGAGGAACUUUUCCUAAGUCCCAAGGUGAAAGCAGCAAUCAAAGUGCUGAUAAUGAUGCUAGUGGCAGAGGUUCAUUCAGAGGAAGAGGGUCAAAUAAUGGCAGGGGCAGAUCAAGAGGAAGAGGCCCUAAUGUGUUCACCGGAAGAUGCUUCUCAUGCAACCAAGUUGGGCAUCAAUCUUUCAGAUGUCCACAAAAGAAUGACAGUAGCAAUCAAGGAGAUAGAAGGGUACAAUUGAUUCACGAAGAGGAUUGCCAAAGCAAUUCAUCAUACCAUACAAUUUCAUCCAAGCAUGCUGAUCCAGUGCAAGGAGAAACUCUUAUGUUCAAUAGAUCGCUGUUGGUACCACUCAAUAAGGAGCCAGCACAAAGGAAAUCCCUAUUCCAGACUACUUGCAAAGCCAAAGGUAAAGUGUGUAAGGUAAUUGUUGAUUCCGGCUCUACUGAAAAUCUAGUUUCUUUGGAAAUGGUAACCAAGUUAAAUUUGAAAAGGCUUCCACAUCCUACUCCCUAUAAAGUUUCUUGGUUGAAUAAGGAGCAGCAAACUAUUGUGAAUGAACAAUGCUUGGUAGAAUUUGAAAUUGGAAGACCAUGGCAAUAUGAUACUAAUGCCCAACAUGAUGGGAAAACCAAUGUGUUUAAUAUAACUAAAGAUGGAGAACAUUUCAUAAUGACACCUUUACCGGAUGUUGCAAAUAAUUCAAUCUUGCAAAGUAGUGUUAUGGUUGUCAAAGAAAAAGAGUUUUUAGAAGGUCUUAAGGAAGAGAAUCCUCCAUGCUUUGCUGUUGUAAUCAGACCUAAGGAAACUAAUUAUGAGGGCAGGGAAUUGAGUAUAGAUUCCAAAGAAAGUACUUGUCCUAAGGUUGUAAUUGAUUUGCUGAAUAAGUAUGAUGGUAUUAUUGCUGAUAGUACCAAUGAGUCUCUUCCACCAAAGAGGUCAAUCAGCCAUUGUAUUGAUUUGAUUCCGGGUGCUACAUUACCCAAUAAAGCAGCCUAUAAACUAACUCCUGAACAAAAUGUUGAAGUUGCAUGA